AUGGCCAUACUUGACGGCAUCGAAGUUCAAGUGAGAGUUGUUAGUGUUGACAAGGCGCUCAAGGAGGCUGAUAUAUGCGCCGAUGAUUCUUGCCACAGCGAUAUAGUCCCAUGGGCCAAGGACCCUAUGCGGGUUGAAAAACGCGUCAAUGCCCCUCCUGGGCAAGUCUUUUCUAUCUGUAUGCGGAUAGCACCAAGCUUCGAUUUCUCAGCUGGGGACGGGCUCCAUAUCACCCUGAAGCUGGAUAAUGGCAAGGCAGCCAACCAUUAUUAUUCAGUCAAGUUCACCGAAUUGGAAGCGGACGAAGACGGAUGGUGGAUGAAACAUAUCGACAACGCAGUAGUCAAUUGCGAGGAUGGGUGUAGAAAAGCUUACUUUUCUUUCGCAUACCUUCCAGCAAGCUCAUACAUUGUAAUAGAGCUCCACGCUGUUCCCGUAGGGUACUACUCAGAUGUCGACUAUCCACAGGGAAAAGUGGCGGUCACAAUUAUCCGAGUCUCCCAUAUUACGAUGCCACCGAAGAAGGCAACAGUCACAAAUCCAGGGCCCACGCUACCCCCCGGGAUCCCUGGGAGCGCGAUAUGUUACAAGGUUGGUGAGCUCGAAGUAUUCGAUCCACCCAUGGUACAUGAGCAAGUAUCACCUGUCGAUGAUCCGGACGAGAAACCGCGCCAUUUUGUUUUUCACUACAAAGUCAUCAGUAAGUCACCUAUGGGGGGGUUAUUACCACUGUUGCUUAUAGCAUACCAGAAUCUUUGAUCAUGGACUGUGUUGCGAGCGACCUGGAAAUAUCGUCCUCGGAGUCCGCAUCCUCCCCAAACUAACCGACACUCAACCAUCCUUUUCUUUCCUGUUCGGACGAGAUUUUGGUUGUCUAAGGCUGGUUGGAGCUCAACCUGUGGGUUUGCGUUCAUACUGGGAAUGUGUGGCCAAUGAGUUUUCCUGCAGAGUGUGCCACACCCGUUCGUUCCUAGCCCUUAUUGAGCUUUGCUGCAUCUCAACCAAUAGCAAGGCCAUCAUUGUUUUUCCUUUUUCUGGAACGAUGGGAUUGUCAGUGCCAUUACAUCACUCUGGGUUGCUUCUACAAUCUCCCACAAUUUGGGCCAGGGGAGCUGAUGUCCCGAAAGACCAAUUAGAGUUAUGUUCCUGAGCCAUCUUGUUAGCUUUGAUCAAAAAAGAAAAAAGAAAAAAAGAGCACACGUGGGCCGAAGUUGUCAUUGAUUGAGCUCCCUGUUUGGUUAAAAACCUUUAUGGUAUUGUCCUUUUCUUUCUUUUUUUCUUUUUUCUUUUUUCUUUGUUUGCGAUUUAAACCUUGAGCCCAUCAAUUUUAUCUGCUUAUAUCGUCAGCCGUUACAUGCU